AUGCAGUCCAUCAUCGCCCUCGCCCUUGGCUUCCUCGCCUCCACCGCUCUCGCCCAGGGCACCCAAGGUCUCCCGCCCUGCGCCGCCGAGUGCGUCAACGAAAAGCAGAACGGCCAGCAAGGUUACGGCGGCUGCACAUCGCUGGACAUCAAGUGCAUUUGCACGCAGGGCAGCUUCAUCGCGGAUUUGGCGUGCUGUGUGAGCACCAAGUGCGACGCUGCGGGUCAGGAAGCAACAAUCCAAUUCGCCAACGCAAUCUGUGGCUCCGAAGACGCCGCCAGCGCCCUCCCCACCACCGCGACAUGCGCCUCCACCGCCGCCUCCAGCGGAACCGCCGCCGCCACCAUGUCCAUGGGCUCGAUGACUGCCGGCGAGACCAUGUCCAUGGGCACUAUGACGAGCGCACCAGCUGCGAGCGGCACUUCGGGCGCUGCGGCGGGCACCACCAAGUCGGCUGCUGCGGAUAUGUUGAAUGUGCAAGGUGUUGGGGCCGGUAUUGCUGCCGGUAUUGUGGGAUUGGUUGCUGCUUUGUAA